GGCGCGUCCUCCGGCCAUCCGCGUCCCUCCGUAUAUAAGCUCUGCGGCGGGCCGCUGCCGGCAGACGGGCACAGUUCAUCAGCACAUCCACCACCGCCGCCGCCGCUGCUGACAUGAAGGUCCUGGUGCUAGUGUGCGCUGUGGUGGGCUACGCCGCGGCCAGGCCCGGCUACCUGGGUCUGGGGCUGCCCUACGGCCUGCCCUACGGCGUCCCCGGCGCCGUGUCCGCCGCGGGGCUCCCUGCUGACACGCCGGAGGUUGCGGCCGCCAAGUCGCGCAUCCUGGCCAUCCAGGCUGCCGAGGCGGCGCGCAACGCCCAGGGAGUCCCCGUAGUUCCGGCGUCAGCCGCCGCUGCACCCGGCGCUGGCCUCGCAGCCUACGGACCGGCCAACAUCGUCAUUGGACCUGGUGGCGUUCCCCUGGACACCCCUGAGGUGGCCGCAGCGAAGGCGGCGCACGCGGCGGCGCAAGCGCAGGCGGCCGCCGCCUCCGCCGCCGCCCCCGCGGCCCCCGCGGUGUACGCCCCCGGGCUGCUCGGCCUGGGCCUGGGCGUGGCCGGCGCCGCCCAGGUGGCGCCCGACGGCACUCUGCUGACGGCGCAGGGCGUGCCGCUGGACACCCCUGCCGUGGCCGCCGGCAAGAUCGCCGACGCCGUGGCGCACCUGCAGGCCAAGGCGGCCCUCUUCGGCUGAAGCGACCACUGGACUGCCUCCCGCGUGUGCGGCUCACCGAUAUGUACAAACCCUGUAACUUAGACUUCGUAAAUAAACUCACAUGACGACUGCUGCAAGUACUAAA